AUGCAUGAUCAAGUGCCAAGUGCUAUGCAGGUGCCAUCCUCUUCGCCAAGUGCUGAUCAUUCUUCUGCAGAUAUGUAUUAUACCAAUGUUCUUUUCGGCCAUCCUCUCUUUGCACCAUCUGCUCUAGUUCGGCGAAAUGCUGAAAGCAACAGUCAAACUCAGCAACUUGUUGUUCCAAGUGAUGCGUUACGUGCAUUUAAUGAGGAUUUUAUUGAAUUGGAUGUACAUUCUGAUUCUGCACACACCUCAUCUGAUGGUGAUUUGAAUGACCACAAUCUUGUUGAUAGUCCUCCAGCAUCUUCUCCAUCGGCCUUUCAGAAUAAUUCGGCAAUGGAAAACCCACUCGAUGGUAUGUAUCAGGCCCCGUCGUUCUCCAGUAUAGAAGAAUCCUUGCCCCGAGAGCCCGAGAAAAAUGGCUCCAACUCUUCACUGCCUACUUGCAGUGUUUUCCAAUCCUCAUAUCUCACUGCAACUGUUGACAACUCCUCUGGUUAUGAUGUUUUUCUCAUGCGUGAGCACGAUAUUGCUCCUGGCAAUUCGAUGACUAGCACUGUGGUGAACUUAUUGCGCGGUUGUAAUCUCCUGGACAGUCAUACUUUGGAGGAUUUAUGUAACUACCUCCCAAUCUUGCGUCGCAAAUACCCGCCUCUUACCUCCAAUCUCCUCACUAUACCAGCUUCCCAACCUCCCGCCAACACCUGCACUGUCAAUGCGAGACGUGAUCAGGUCCAACAGACAUCGUCCAGCUUGCUAUCCCGUCCGCCCUGCCCCGCUAGUGAAACAGUGGCGCCGCUUACCCCAGUGGCUCCAUGCGGAGGACGUCUGGUGGACUACCUCCUCACUUGCUCCCGUCUAGGCUCAACCGCUCUUGCCGAUUUUCUUCCUCUCGAAGAUGACAUUUUCUCCACCGGCCACACGCACCUCUUACCCUUGGAUUGGCGCCGUGGUCGCUCUGAUGGUCUGGUGUGUCUGGCCGGCGUCUCGCGCUCUGUCGGACUCCGAGUGGUGGGUCGCUUUGUCACCGACUGGCAGUCCUGCGCGUCACCUGGCCUCCGAACCCACACAGACUCCCUCGGUCGCUGGCUCGCUGAGUGGAUUCGCGCAGGAGCUGUGGUCUUCUUCGCUCAACUUGAUUCACCCCAAAGAGAUCCCCAUUCCUCCUCCAUGCGGUGCCAAGGUACCUCCAAUAGCAGUGGUGGAUGCUGCGAACUUGCUUGGCGACAUCGAUUGAUAUACGGUGUCACUGGCUAUUUCAUGGGCAUCCAGGACGCCUUUUAUAAACCUCGGACAACAUGUCUCAAUCUUGGUCUUUCCUGUCUUAUUGCGGGUGAGGACUUUGUUCAAGUCUCCUCCUCCAGUGAAUCACCUCGCAUUCCUUGCACAAUUUCUUGCGUCUCCCGAUUAAUUGACCUUCGUCGCUUGCGCCAUCCUAAUAUCGUGCGCUACCUUGAUGCCCAAUGCGACAAACACCGACGCAUCUAUCUUGUUACAGAGCAUUACGCAUCUGAUUUCAGUCAACUAAAUCCCCCAGUCACAAAGCGGUCGGAUUUCAACUGGCUAUUGAGGCGAUUUCAUGAGUGUUUAUGCGCCCUGACUUAUUUGGAGUCUCAUGGGAUUAUACACGGGUGCCUAAGUCCGUCAGCUAUCCUUAUUGAUAAUUUUGGGCGAGUUAAGAUCGCUGGUUAUGGAGUUUUAUAUGCUUCCCGGUGGGGAUUAGAUCUCGACUUUCCCGUUGUGGACUUACGUUAUUCCUCUCCAGAAACGCUUUUGUUUUCUGGAUCAUGCUUGCAGCUUGCGUCAUUAGAAUCCGCUACACCACCUUGUCUCCUCGACACGCGAUCCGAUCUUUGGUCAUUGGCACUGAUAUUUGUGGAACUUUUGCAUUUCCCACUUCAAACCUUCAGCACAGAAACACUGCUCAAGACACUAUUUACUGCUCUAGAUUCCAACUACUCUUUUUUCGCUCACAUUGCUACGUCCAAUCAAGGAAGCUUAACUCAACUCAGUAAAUGGAUGAACACACUUGAUGACAUUUGCAAGUUGUGUCUGGUACUUGACGCUCGCCACCGGUCACCGUUGACAGAAAUCAUAUCCAAGUUUUCGGAAGGCUUUAAUAACUUCUGCAUAAUCGAUUUUGAUUCAACGAUUAUGACUCGAGACGAUCCCGCUGAGAGUUACUACUACUGGCAAUUAGCCGGUGGCGGCGUGGAUUUAGCCUCUACCUUUCUCAAGGGGGUCAGUGGUAGCGAUUGCCUUCGACCACCAAUUCUUCAUCUGCCUCUCUAUCUCACCGGCCUCUCUCCUUCCGAAAGAGCCUCCUGGGGUGGACCUUUCGAACUCUGGUCAUCUAGUAGUCAGCCCGCUCGACUCAAGUUUUGUCCCAUCGUCGUACCGCUUCCUGCUGAGCGCCUUCUCAAACGUCUUGCUCUCAUGCCGACGAAGUCCCUCUAUCCCCUUCUCUUCCCCCAUUCCUAUUCCUGCCUCGGUGGAGAUGAGGAGGGAAAACUCAACAUAAUUGAUAGUCUCGCGCUGACCGGUGUUGAAGACUGUUGGCAAGAGCAGCAGAAUCGGGGCACUUCGCUCUUGAGCCAUCUGCCCAAACACAAACUACGUGUGACUGACUCCUAUGACGCAAUGAUCUUCCAGCCAGUCCUGGUGAAGCAGGCUGAUGUGGAGUAUCAAGUGAUGCGAGUGUGUCUCUUUCGACGUCUUCUUACUGGGAUGCCAUCCACUGCCACGCGCCUGCUCCUUGAGGCCCGAUUUGACAUCCCACCCUUCCUCAGAACAGAGGUUUGGGCAGCCCUUCUGGGUGUUGAAUCAGGUUACCAGGAUGAUACUAGUCGACGGAAAGUAGAAGCAGCUCUCUCCGUUGCAAUAGCAGCAGGCUCAUUCCAUUCGCGAAUUUCCACCCAAGGAAUUGGUCUCUCUGAUCAGGUAAUGGGACAGAUCAGUGUCGAUUUACCACGUUGUCAUGCCUACGAUCUGCUGAUUGGGUCUCCGCUCGGACAAGAGCGACUUCGUUCUGUUCUGGUAGCCACAUUGCUGGCUAAUGACGAUCGAUUCGAGUACACUCAGAAUUGCCUCUCCACGUGGCCAGCACAUGUGGACGUAGUGGCACCAGGGAUAACAGUGAAAGGCGAUGUAAGUUCGACGAGUACUGGUGGUGGUAGACUCUCUUCCCCCUCCACCAGCUUUAAACGCAACGAGGUGGACUACCGAAGUAUCACCUCCAGUCUGGUGCCUCUCAUCGAUCCGAGUGAUGCCCUCCAGCAGCUCUCUCGUAGUGACUGUGUCCUAGUCGACAUGAGGAGCAAGGAGGAGUACAGUAGUGGGUGCUUAAUGCACUCCAUUCACUACUACCCUAUCGAGGUGGAAGCUGGUGUGACCUGCUUGACAGGCAGUCAGUUGUGGCUGGCGGCUACGGCCGCACGCAACGCUGCAAGUCCUCGUGGCUUCGCCUCAGCGCACUCACCUGGCCUAGUGAUGCUUCUGCAAUACGGAUCCACUCUCGGUGAUGCUAAGGAUGAAUGCGAAACUGGGAAUGAUGAUGACGCCGCCCUCACACUCGCCUGCUGUCUCAUUCAACGCUCCAUUGAUCGCGUCUGCGUCGUCAAGGGAGGGUUGGGCAGCUUGGUGAGUGGUUCUGCGCGGCCAGAUCCAGUUCCGGGGCCGUCAAGCGUCCGAACAACAACUCCCGUAAGACAGGGAUCUAAAAGUACUCCAGCGCCUGUUUUAUCCUCGGAACAAGAGAGAAAACAGCCGCAUCCCAGUCCGUGGGCAUCAAUUGCCCGGGCGGUCACUGUCACAGAACAGGGAUCGGCGAGUGCCACUUCACUCGUUUCUGCGUUCGGACAAGCGGAAGAAAAACCGACCUGUUCACUUAGACCACCACAGAGUCAAGAAUCUAUCCAACCGACGGAGGUCAACCUGCCGGACGCAGUUCCAAUCGGUGCUGAAUUCUAUAGUGUCGUGUAUCAAAACGUUGCUUCUUAUCCCCUCGUUGUUGACGUUUUGCUAGAUGACUUGUCAGAAGACAUUCUGGAGCAAUUUUCUCUCAUCAAACUGGAACCUGGUUCGUCUGCAGUUUCGCAUUUCCCAUUAUGCUUUGUGUCUAAUGGGCUGGAUUUUAGUGAUGCUUCUGUUCCGUUUUGCUGCUGA